AUGCUCGCCAAAGUCUUUUUCGCCAUUGCAUUCGCAACUCUUGGCCUGGCAAUGCCCCAGCGUGGUGGCAACAACAACAAUAACAACGGGAACGCGCAACAGGCGCGUGUUGACGACCUACGCAAUAAGGGACUCACAUGCAACGACCGAGGUGAUGGAAUCUUUGUUUGCGAUGACGGCUUCGGUGGUAACUGUUUCGUGAAUGAGGCUGGAAGUGGUAACUGUCUCAUCUGA